AUGACGUUUGGAAUAUCUGGUGACGAUGCCACUCCAAUAGUGAUCAAGCGCUUUCUAACAGAUCAACAGAUUCAGCAAUUUAUGGAUCAAGGUGUACUGGUCGUUCCCAAUGUCUUGACACCAAAUGAAUUGGCAGAAUCGCGUCAAGGACUACAUCGUGAGCUGGCCAAGUAUGGAGUGGACCAUGACAACUUGAUAGAGACAGGUGAUAACCUCAAGAAACUGUCGAGUACUGGUGGUGCUGGUGGCAUCCUUGAUCUGUUCUAUCCAUCGUGGAGACUGAAAGUCGCGGAGCAUGAGAAUAUCUUUGCAGCAAUGACGGACUUGUGGCAAGCAACAUACGCGCACAAUCACUCAGACUUUCAACAUCCAUUUGGAAACUUUGAUGGAAAACGAGGAUACAUGUACAUUAACCGUGUGUGCUACCGCGUACCAGACACUAUUUCAAAGAAGUUUGCAGCUAAAAAGUCCCGCCCAAUGCAACGAUCAUUGACCCCACACUGGGAUUGCUGUCCGACUAAGAUGUUCAGAUUCGACAAGAGCACACCUCGGUGGCGACCUAUUCAAUGCAUCACGGUGCUCACCAGCAACACAGAGCCCAACACGGGUGGGUUUGAAGCUGUACCAGGCUUUCACAAAGAGUUUGCUGCAUACGCGGCUGAACGCCAGUCAUAUACAGUGGCUGAGGCAGCUAUGACAGCACCCUUACGCCGCCCUCAGGUCUGCCUCGGUGAAUUUUCGCCGCUACGUAUGCAAGAGGAUUGCGCGGUGAUCGACCGCUACCAGCACAUUGGCUGCGAAGCUGGUAGUGUAAUCUUCUUUGACUGGCGUAUUCCGCAUGCCAACAGCUACAAACACGUCGGCACCAUCCCACGCGAGGUUAUCUACACCGGUUUCAUCCCGGAUACGCCCAUGAACCGCACUUAUGUGCAGGAACAGUUACGUCGAUACAAGAAGCGCUUGCUUCCCACUGAUCACUGGCAAAAAGAUGAUGUCGAUGUUUGUGUCAGUGAGGACUAUUCCGCACACCAUUUCUCAGCUCUUGGGUCUCGCCUCAUUGCGUUCCACUCAUGGUAA